UCUAAAGACUCAAUCUUUAGAAAAUCUUGACAUUUGAAAAAGGAUUAUAUUGCAGUCUUCUAUUUCCAAUCCUUUUCUAACAAAAUGUUAGCAGAAGCCUUCCUAAUUGAACUCCAAUACAAAGAAGAGAAAUAUACAAAUUUCUGCAAAACACGUAAAUGUAAGAAGAACUCAAAUGAUAACAAGGAAAAAUGGAAAAAUCAGCUUUUAGAUGUAGAGAAAUACUCACUUUACUCCGUUAAGGUGGAAAGUCAAGAAAAGAUUAUAAAAGAAAGUGUAACAGAGCAAUGUAAUGACACAAAUCAAAUAAAAUGUGUAGCUGGCAGAACUGUGGGAAAUUGCGAAGGUGUGUCUCAUCCAGAAAAUAUGUCAGUUGCAUUGCCCAUUCCAAAGAGAGAAAGACAACUGAAUGAAAGACAAUUGGAUCUGUAUCGAUCUUGGUCGUGUACAAGUAUCUGGCAGACUUAUCCUGACCUACAAAUUGGAGGAGACCACAUCGGGAACCUGUAUGACUCAGGCUGCUUUGCGGAACACACAUAUGAUAAUGCUUUCAAUGGCCCUCUUCUUUCGGUGGAUAUAUCAUUGGGUCAUUCUAUUGUGCCUGUUGAGAAACUGCCUGCUUCAAAGAUCUUGGAUGGGGAUGAAAUCCGAGAAAGGAGUAUGGUGUCUCAUAAGCAACCCCUUUCUAAUUCUAUGCUUAAUCGUUAUAUGGAAAAAAAGGUGAACGAGCUUUACAAAUUAUUUUUGGAAGAAAAUCUUACCUGGUGUUGCUCCAUAACCAAUCUGAUGUCUUCCAAUUUGGUAAUGAGCAGUAUAAAUCAGAUUAGCCUUCAAAUCUCUCAAGAGCAGAAUAUAAAUCCAUUGAAAGUUCAGGAAAUUCUCUUAUAUUCUUUAGCACUAUGCAAUUUACGUAACGUUUCCUGUGAAAACAGUUCUGAAUUCAGCACUCCUAAUUUACAAAUAUCAAACUAGACAAGUAAGGAACUUGUAUCACACCUACAGUAUGAAACAAUCCUUGGUUAGAGCUGACGUCUCUAGCUUAUGAAGUCACAUCACACAUUUCUGCUUAAGUCAUUUCCUUUUAUUUCCAACAUACAGAACCCUUUACACUGACAAUCAGGUAGCCUAUGGGAAAAUAUUGUAUAUGUUUCAAGAUUGAAUGUGAGAAUGAAUCCAAGGGAAUCGUUUUUCAAAAGCUAUUUAAAUGAUGCUUUUAGAAAUUGUGAGGAGGGGCAUAAGGAAAUAUAGAAAGAUUUCCAGUACCCUUUUCAUUGUAA